GCAAGAAUAUAAUAAUACGAUUUUAAGAUAUGAAUAAAUAAAUAAAUAAAUAAUUUUUCUUUACGAUCUCCCUUUCGCUUUCCCGCAAAAACUGACCUAACCUCUCUUUCUCUCGCUCGAUUUCUCUUCCUCUCUACGAUUGCAAUGCAGAAGAGAUCUAAUCAGAUGGCUUGAUGUCAUAUGGGAUAAUUUAAUUGUUGAUGUAUAAGAAAGUGAACCUCUCCGAAUCACUUGUUGGGUGUGAAGAGUUGUACUAAUUUAUAUUUAAUGAAAGUUUUGGAGUUGGAUUUUGGUAAAGAGAGUGUCUGUUUCUGAUGGGUGCGAGUUACUUAUUGGUCUCUGCGGCCUGCACGGUAUUCAGCUUUGUGGGUCUGCAAUGGUGGACAGAGCAAUCGUUACACAGACUAAAGUCUGAUGGGUUAAUCAGUGAUAACUAUAUCCACUCCGGGAAUGCAAGCCGUGUGCUAGAUCUGCUUUUGAGUUCUCAUGCAACAAUUGCUUUGCUGGUCAAUUUUGCGCUCAAUAUAUUUGUCCUGCUCAUAUUGUGUCUUAAGACUAUAUUCUUUGCAGAGUUGUAUCCUUCUGAAACUCGAAAGUUAGUGGGGCGGCUUAUCAAUUAUGUUAUUUACAAGGGAACAUUUCUUCCUCUGGUUGUCCCAUCAACAAUAUUUCAAGCAGGCCUGUGGUCAAUGUGGCUGACUAUUCUUUGUUCUUUAAAGAUGUUUCAAGCUUUAGCUAGAGAUCGACUUGAACGUUUGAAUGCAUCUCCAUCUGCUACACCAUGGACAUAUUUUCGUGUGUUUUCAGUACUAUUGUUGGUCCUGUCUGUUGAUUUGUUCUGGAUAUGGCUGUGUCUGGUGAUAUAUAGAACGUUAAGUUCACCUAUGUUCCUGUUGUUGUUUUUUGAGCCUUGGAGUAUUGCUUUUGAGACACUACAGGCUAUUGUGGUUCAUGGAUUUCAGUUGAUUGAUAUAUGGCUCCAUGAUUCAGAAGGGAACAGCAUAAAUUGCCGGGGAUCCAAAAUUUUUCAUAUAUCACCAGUAGGUUCAUUGUUGGAAUGGAAAGGCAUUCUUAUCCGGAACUUGGGUUUUCUCUUAGACAUGGCAACUUUGUUAAUGGCUCUUGGUCAUUACUUACAUAUUUGGUGGCUUCAUGGCAUGGCAUUCCAUCUUGUAGAUGCUAUCCUUUUUCUAAAUAUACGUGCCUUGCUGAGCGCAAUUGUAAAGCGUGUCAAGGGAUUCAUUAAAUUGAGGAUGGCUUUAGGUACCCUGCAUGCGGCACUUCCAGAUGCAACAUCUGAAGAGCUACAAGCAUAUGAUGAUGAAUGCGCAAUCUGUAGGGAACCAAUGGCUAAGGCUAAAAAACUGCAUUGCAAUCACCUUUUCCAUCUUGCAUGCUUGAGAUCUUGGUUGGAUCAAGGUCUGACAGAGAUUUAUUCAUGCCCCACAUGUCGAAAGCCACUUUUCACAGGCAGAUCCAGGGAUGAUGCUAACCCCCGCACUGGAGAAGUAUCAAGUGAUGAGCAGUUGGCCCGUCAAAUAAGUUCAGGACUUGAUCGACCAGGUCCUGCUGCACAUGCAUUACCUGCAGGAGUCUUCCCCAAUCAGACACAUGAUGCUUUAGAAAUCAGUGCUUGGAGAGAAGCAGGACUGGAUCCAAGUUGGUUGCAUACUUGGCCGAACCAGGGUCUUGAUGGAGCUGGUCCAUCUACUGCUAUCAGAUCGGUUGGAUUGGGUAGAGUUCAGAUGAUGAUGAGGCAUCUUGCAUCUGUUGGAGAAACGUAUGCCCAGACUGCUCUUGAAGAUGCUGCUUGGAGCCUUUGGCCUAUGAAUCCUUCUCAGGCUGCCGCAUCUGGUUUGCCCAUUCCUCCUGCUGCUGCUGUAAGAUACCCAGGAGGCAAUGGUGGUUUACAUAUGAGGACUGCCUCACGGUCUGCCAAUGACAACCUAGCAAAUAUAUUAGCCAUGGCAGAGACAGUAAGAGAAGUGCUGCCCCACAUCCCAGACGAGAUUAUUUUCCAGGACUUGCAGCAAACAAAUUCUGCAACUGUCACUGUGAAUAAUCUUCUCCAAAUGUGACAACAUUUUCUGCCAUCCUCAAUCCUCAAGCUCCAUGCUUCUUGUAUUUGGAGAGUUGAAGAGUUGAAAGGGGGGGUUAAUCGGUGUUGUUGAAUUACUGCACAUACCCUUUUUUUUUUCUUUUUGGCUCUUUUCUCUCUUGUUUAUGUUGUUCAUUCUCUUGUACAUAAAGGCUGCUUACUAAACAAAUUGCUAUAAUGUGAGAAAUGAAAAAGGUGCCAAUAUAGCUUCUUUUCUCUCUCCCCCCCGUUUUUCUUGUGAAAAAAAUGGACUGUCUACAUGCAUCUAUGGAUAGGAUUUUGCAGCAUGUAAGGUAUAUGUGAACUGGUUAUCAGAAACAAAUUAGUAUUGUUAAUUUUGAAGGUAGUAACUCUUGGAUGCUCA